AUGUUUCUUGUAUUUUUAUUCACAAUCUUAGCUGAUUCUCGCAGAUUAGAAUCAUUGGUUCAAAAGUACAAAGAGCAAGUUGCAAAAGACAGAACUAUUGAUAAAGAAGAAGAGGCCAUUCUUUGGGCUUUGGCCGAAUUUGGUCAGCAAUUAGAUAAGACAGUCACAGGAGAAGAAGUUUCCACAGAAAUUGGAGAUAGGCUAAAUCAAAUUCUCGAAAGAGUAGACAUCACAGACGCUUUGCUAAGAAAAGAUUUUAAUGAAAUGAAAUUCGAAUUCAAUCAGGCCAAAGAACAGAUACGCAACUUAGUUGAGAGCUCAAAAUUCCAAAUUAUGGAUGAAAUGGAAGCAUUUAGGGACAAAUUAACUAUUGCUUUACAACAACUUGUUGAUGCAAACAAAGAAGUUCAAAACAGGUCUGGCUCGAAAGUCAGUAUUACAGCUAAGCACGUAGUUCAAAAAUUACGAAACAAAGCAAUUCGCCGUUCUUUGAUUUUCUUUGUUGCAUUCCAAGUUUUGCUUGCUUGUGGCGUAAUAUUCUACAAGAAGUUAGAAAGGCAAUUAAGAAUGCUUCUUUAA